UCCUGUUCAUCUUUUUUUUUUCUUCUUCUUUUCUAUCUCUCUGUCUGUCCUUUUUUUUUCUUUUUUUCCCUUUUCUUUUCCUUCUUCUUAUAACAUGGCUACUUGUGACAUUGCAUCAAACGACGAGAUUCACACUUACUCUCAAGAUCCUCAGGACAUUAAAGCGCUGGACGCCUACGAUCCUACCGACCUCCAUUAUACCACUUCUUCCGCUACACCAGCUUCUUUACGAUCACAAAGUUCCUCUUUAGCCGAUAAAUCCGACUACUCUGACGAUAUCAAAUCCACCACAUCCACCGAAACCGUAUCGACAAUGGAAAACACGGUUGAAAAGCAAGUCGCAUCUCCUGCGCCCGUCACCGGUCGACGAAGAAGAGGAUCGACAGUGACCCAACCCCCACCAGGCAAUGUUCUCAGUUUUCAAAGCCAAGGCCACCGCAUUCAGGAGGAGAGUGAGUUGACGAAAUCAGGAGAUGUGAAUGAGAACCAAGGGAGUGGUUACAGGGAUACAUUGUCCGAGAUCCAUGAUCUCCAAGGAGCCAAUUCAAUCUCAGAGCAUGAGGAGCCAGAAGAAACCGAGGAAAUCGAUAUUCAGUCCGACUUACAGCGUGCACGCAAAAAUCAUCGUUCCACCAUGAUCUCCAUGACCUCGUACAUGUCCAGUGCGUCCAACUACGAUAUGCUGCUGGAACGAUUAGCGGCCACCGAUGAUACCCAUGCUUCUUCGUCAGAUCAAGAAGACACCAACAGCACCGAUCCACCUUCCGAGGAAAAUGUACAAAACGAGAACGAAAAUCAGCAACACGAUGAAAACGAAAUUGAUUGGGAGUUCUGGUCCAAGGUGAUUUCAGAUUUCAGCAGUGUUGCCAAGUCGGAACGAAAAGUCCUGUCAAUGAAUGUGCAACGUGGAAUUCCUCCUUCUGUGCGAGGGAUGGUUUGGCAACUUUUUGCAGGAUCCAAGGAUCCCAAACUGGAAGACAAAUAUAUGCAGCUUCUUAAGGAGGAAUCCGUGUACGAAAAAGCCAUCGUACGAGAUUUGAGUCGCACCUUUCCACAUCAUCCCUACUUUCAAAGUAAAGAAGGCCAAGAUGCCCUGUUCAACGUGGUCAAGGCAUUUUCUCUCUACGAUACCAAUGUCGGCUAUUGUCAGGGGAUUUCCUUCAUUGCAGGUCCAUUACUUUUGAAUAUGCCGGAAGAAGAAGCGUUCUGUGUUCUUGUACAGAUGAUGCAACGGUAUGGAUUACGUGGUCAUUUUACCCCACAAAUGGAUACGCUGCAUCAGCGAUUGCAUCAGUUUGCUGGAUUGCUUUCGGAUCAUCUGCCCCACGUUUACCGGCAUUUUGAAGCGCAAGGGGUUCGAUCCAACAUGUACGCUUCACAGUGGUUCAUGACAUUGUUUGCUUACAAGUUUCCACUGGAUUUUGUUUUCCGCAUCUACGACAUUUUGCUCGCGGAAGGUAUCGAAGCCAUUCAUCGUAUCGCGCUGGCUCUCAUAGAAAAGAAUCAAUCCAUGAUUCUGAGUCUUGAAUUCGACGAUCUGGUGAAUUUCCUGAAAUCGCACAUGAUCGACGCAUACGAUGGCAAUCCGUCGGGACUCAUUCACGAUGCAUACCAGAUUCAAAUUGUGCGCAAACGGCUGGAUCGUCUUGCGAAAGAAUACCAAGUGGAAGCGGCGAGAGCCAAUACGGAAGCGGAGGCAAUUGAAACAUUACGUCGACAGAACAAGGCGCUGUCGGAAACGGUACGGCAUUUGGAGCAAACCAUGGAGAAUCUGAAUAAAGAGCACGCGCUGGUCGCUAGCCAAUUGAUUGCGUCGAAAAUGGAUAUCGCCCGUACCAACGACGAGAACGAUGCGUUGAGACAGCAAGCCAACGAUCUGAAACGGGCACUGGAGACGUUGCCAGGGGAAGUGGAAGCACGAGUAAAGGAAGAGAUGGAGAUCUUGUGUACAAAGAACGGGGCACUGGUCCAACGCAACGCAGCUUUGGAAGAUCAAUUGGCAUAUAUGGAGAAUAUGGUGAUUGAAAUGAAGGUGAAAUAUGCCGAUAGUGAAAACGAGCGUGAAGGACUUCGUCAACGACUGAAUGAUCUCAAAAAAUUAAUGGGUCAUGUUUGAACGAUGAACGAUGAACGCAGGCGUCGGUUCUUUUUUUGAGGCUCCGUCAUCGGAGCUACUGAAUGUCAAAUUGGUUCUCCACAAGCGCCUUUGGACCGAGUCUCACCCUCCUAAAUACGGCUUCUUUGGUGAACCAUGGUCUUGCCACCGAGUCAACCCAAAGCACCUAUAGCAAAAGUUUUUUUUUUGUUUUAUUUUUUUUCGGUUAUCACUUAAAUAACAAAAAUAUACCAAUCUUUUUUCCC